CAGAGAAUAACGAGUCUACAAUGUCGCAACCACGGAUCAGACCGAUUGAGAAGUUUGCCCAGGCCACAGCCAAGUGCUCAGUGGAGGCGGCUGCAUAUGGCAAAUGCAUUGUAGCGGACUACACCGCAGUUCAGAAGGAUAUGUGUGCUAAGGAGUUUAUGAGGUUGAAAGAUUGCUAUCUGGCCGCGGCUAAGAAGGCUUAAAGAGGGCCGCAAGGUAGGGCCCAGUUGCAUGGAUUUGGCGCAUGGGGGGGUUCUUUCAUUACAGAAUACGAUACGUAUUUCUAUUAUCUAUAGAGUGAACAAAUUUUUUUUCUUUUG